AUGGGUAAGCACGGCAAGAGCGGCACCCCGCUGAAAAUCAACCCGCGGCGGUCAAGAGGCAACUCGGAAUGCAUGGAAGAGCUCAACGCCUUCUUCACCUGCAUGGCCAAGUCCAUCGACGUGGAAGACAAGUGUGUUGCAGAGCGGAGAGCGCUGACCAAUUGCGCAACGGCAGCGGCCCGCAAGGGGAAGACUGCCAACACUAUCAACUAUCACUUGCAGAGGAUUAGCCGCAUGCUGCGGCGGUGA